GCAGUGGCGGCGGUCCAGAGCCGGGCGCGGUAGCAGGCGCGCGCGCUUGCGCAGCUCUACGCUGCCGCGGCUCCGAGGAGCAAGCGCAGCGCUGGCAACGGCGGCCGACAUCAGUUGCGCUCCGGCAGCGGCGCGAGAGGAUCGUCCUACCCGGCUGGGGCGGUCGAAGGGGUAUCCGGCCACCACUCGGACUUCUUCGGCGUCCCGGGCAAGUUAGAGGAACGCGCCCACUACAACUUCGCCAAGUACGUACGAAACUUCGCCGCAAGACGCCGCGGCGUGGUGCCGGCUCCGUAACCUGUGCGUCGAGCAGUGUCUGAGGAUUUUGAAAAGAAGCCCGCAAGUGUCUAUCCGUCCAGUGAGGAAGAGAUGCGCAGCUGGCGUGGAGAGGUGAUGCGGCCUGGAACAAUACCGUGGGCGACGGCUACGCUUGUCCAACAGACACGUGUUUUUUUAUGCAGCGCGGUAUAGAGGCGAACUGGGGAACGUGUACGGGGCUCGCGAGCCGAGCAUUUCCUGAAGUUCUCGUAGUCUCGUCGGUGUCUGCAUAAACUGCGACGGGGUUUAACCUGCCUGCGUGCCUGGGAGAUUGAGAAGCUUGCUCCGGUAACUCUAAGAGAAACGUGACCCUUCAAACGGAACUGAUUUUCUAUUUUUAUAGGAUCGCAAGACGAAAAGAUCACUGCGGCAAAGUCCCGAAGGUACAAAGAUAUAAGGUUUCCUGCAGGCUCAAAAGGUCACUGCACUCUGUGUUUGUGUGCCUGUAACUGUGUUCGCUGAAAGACGAGCACCCCCUGUUGAAGCGCAUUUCUCGAAACUGCACUUUGUGGUCCGCUAAUCGCCAGUGCUGUUCUUCUUGACUCUCCACGACCUAUAUAUAUAUAUAUUUUUUUUUCUUUUUCGAAAGCGUAAUACUGUCCACGUUCAACGGAAAGACACGAAUUUUCAUCUGUGUAGUGUGCGCGUGUGUUUGUGCGGUGUUGCGUAUCUUCGGCAACAAGGCAGUUUGUAGCACUUGUCGGUCGAGCACCGAUGAUAUCUUGGAACCAAAAUUGCUGCCAGCGUUGUUUCCUGUGAUGAGGUAUCGAUGCUGCACGCGACCCUUAAACGUGUGUGCGUGUGUGUUUAUAGUGUUGGUGUGAGUUUGAAGUUCUUAGCAGCGACAAAGUCAGUGAACAGCUUCAGGUGAGCUGAACUGAAGAAGACUACGUCACUGUCGAACGCCCGAAAGAAUAUUGCCAGCCUCACAAAAAUAAGAAAGUCGAAAGGCGUGUGAACAAAAAAAAAAAAACACAUUUCACAUUUACACGACUAAAUGCGUUUGGGAAUCAAGCGUUAAUUCAUAUUUCGAACCAUCACUGACGCUUCUGGCUAAAAUGUAGUCUUGCUCUUAGCAAAUGAGGGAAACAGUCAGCAGCAUGGUCACCUUGCCAGAAUUGCUACAUGCCGAAACUAAACAAAGCGGCAAUGAAUCUUUUCAACGUCUUGAUCAAAAAGCGAGUUCAGAACGAAUUGUAGCCAACGCGAAACUUCAAGCGUGUUCAUUGCCAAUGAGCUUGUCGCGCAUCACCAGUGUUACUGAUUAUAAGACGGCUAGCUCUUUUCAAAUGCGUCGUUUUCAAAUGUUAUCGCACUUUUCAGAGAAGACGGCUGCCGUUCGUGCAGUUUAAUAUAGUACAGGUGUUUCCGUAUAGCAGCACCUGUAAUAUUUAUUGGCAUUGGUUCGACCCACCGGACUCUAGCCGGCGCACUAUCUCCGCAUUAUCGGAAUGGUGCCCUGGAUUACUUGACAAGGAAGGAAGGUUAAUCUUUUCGAAGAAUACCUUACGGAUUAUUCGCAAGGUAGUGUUCAGGUGAUAUGCAUACUGACACGGUUAGUCUUGCAGCCUCAGUGCAAUUUACUGGCCUUCUUUGCGCCAAGUGGCAUCUUCGUAGAAAACGUGUAACAUACUUUCUUUGCUACAAUUUGACGUGGACGACGUGCUAUCUGUCUCAGGCUGUACAGAUUAUUAUCUUCGUGUGCUGUGUAUGGAUUGGCGCAAAAUAACGUCACAAGUAAAGUAUAUGCGCUGAACGUUUUAUUUAUUAAUAAAAAAAAGCGUUCUCUACUUCCAUCAUGCACCAUAUCCGCGUAGUACAAAAGGAAGUUUAAGAUGUGCUCGUUAAACCACUGUUUAACGUGUAAGGGAUACGGAGCUGCAAGGAUAUACCUUAGAGAUUGCAUUGAGUAAUGUAUGUUUACAUGCGUGAACUUAAGACACUCCGAAAGGUGCCGAUAAACUGACACGCCGCCGUGUCAAAUGCCACUUCACUGUGUUCAUUGUAAGCAAUCCUGCUCGUAAUAGUAGCGUGGUAUCUGGUAAUCAUCGCGUGACGUUUAGUUUCGCAACUAGUCCACGUGUUAUGUCGUGACGUCAAAGCACGUUUUCAUAGCUAUAACGUUACACAGCGACCAUCGUUACCGUACUUAAAAGCUAGACAACUAGUUAGGCGAAUAUGUGAAGCUGACGUCGCUGCGUUUGUGGCACAAGUUAUCUAUGGCCGUUUCAUUUCUUGUCCUCGUACGCAAAGUGUGAGUGAGAAAUCUGAAACGUUGUCGCUGGACGACUUUGUCAUGUGCGCACACGAGUGAGGGAAGUGGAAACUGAAGUGAAUCCGGCGCAGGUUUUCAGCGUUCACCCAUACCAACGGCAGCCUGCAACGCACGCGUCGCUUGUACUGCAAGAAAACAUAACGUUGCAAACGUCACCGGCUCCAAGCCAGAACGCGGUGUGUCGACUCGAGCGUCUACUGCCACCCUAAAACAUUAACCAACUGAACGCGCGUUUUGGCAGCGAAGGUAUGUCUUGCCCCCGACCCAGCUACAUCAGAAGCAGGCCAAUUUGCACAAGCCUUUACAGAUGUUCCGUGAUCGAUAGAUAAAUUCUGGCGUGACGAUUGAUAUCCGGUUUAGAGGGCGUCCAGAAAUACUUGGUUCGAUGGGAACGAAGACUGUAGGAAGCAUGGCCAGCGCGUCUUCUACAGCGUCCAAGCCCGUCGUUUCGCCGGAGUCGAGGACGAUCACGUUUCCUGCAAAGUCCCAGCUUUGCGACGAGAUAAAGGCGGAGACCGAGCCUGAAGUUGAAGACGCAGGUGACGGGAGAGAGUGCGCGACACCCGACGGCGACGACGCCAAAGGUCAGCAUCGUCCUCAAGGAAGAGCGGACAGCUUCGGACGCCCGGACAGGCCUUCGUCGCGAUCCGAUCCACCGCGCCCGCUGAGCAGCGCCGAGCAGCGCAUCGCGGCAACAAUCCGGCAACACUACUACCCGGAGGGCGGCUGGGGAUGGGUGGUGUGCGUCUGCGUGUGCCUCGUCAACGCCCUCAGCUGGGGCAUGCAGCUCAACUACGGAGUCAUGCACGCCGCGGCCGUCCAGCAGUUCGGCGAGGAGAGCGCCGACGAAGCCCCGUGGCUGGGUUCCGCGUCACUAGCCUCUUCGCUGUUCGUGUCUCCAGUGGUGGUGGCCUGGUGUCGACGCAAAGCGUCCGUCCUCACGGCAGUCCUAGGUGGCCUGGUGGCCGCGCUGGGCUGCCUCUUCUCAUCGUUCGCGUCGCAGUUGCACCAAGGCCUGUUCAGCCAGGGCCUGGUGCUCGGCCUGGGCCUGGGCAUGGCGCGGGACGCCGGAAGCCUGGUGCUCGGCCAGUACUUCAAGCGACGCCGCCACUGCGCCGAGGUGGUCGCCUGUGCCGGUUCCGGACUGGGAACGGCGGCCAUGGCGGCGUUCUUUCACUCGGUGCUCGGGACCCUGGGCUGGCGCCACGGUCUUCAGGCCGCAACGGGCCUGGUGUCUCUGAACUUCUUGCUCGGUGCCUUCUACCGGUCGGCGUCCCUGUACCACCCGCAGCGCCGUGCCAUCCUGCACCUCAAGAACCAGCGGCGCAAAAUCAAGGAGAAGAGACCGCGCACCGAAAAGCCGCCCUUCUUCGACUUCGCCGCGCUGCGUACGCGCACGCUGAGGGUCGUCAUGGUAACCGCCGCUCUUGCUGCAGCCGGACUCUACACCCCCUUCUUCUGCCUCGUGCCCCUAAGCGCCGCCGAAGGUGUCCAAGGAGCAUGGGCGUUGCAGGCCCUCCUCGGCCUCGCCUCCGCGGGUGGCGCUGGUGUAGCUGGACUACUGCUGGUGCGGCAUCCGACGCAGUGCAUGCUCAGCCGGCGCUGCCUCUGCCAGCUGUCUCUACUUGGUGCCGGCCUGGCCAUGCUGGCACUUGGAGCCCUGAACGGCUUCGCUGGCUACGCGCUGUUUGCUGCCGUGUACGGAGCCAGUGCCGGUGGAGUGGCGUACGCGCUGAGCAUGCUCGUCUUCGAGCGGCUGAGGGCCAGGCACUUUGGCCGCGCAUGGGGUUUCGUCCAAUGGGCGCAGUGCCUGCCGGUACUCGUAGGAGUUCCCGUUACAGGUUACAUCAGCAAGUCGCGGGAGGACCCCAAGGCGGGCUUCUAUUUCUCGGCCGCGUGCACUUUCGCCGGCGCCACGAGCCUAUUCUUCCUGCCGGACGCCGCCAGGGUCGAGUCCCAGCUGUGCCACCACCACGCCGCGCAGCAGCGCCAGCGUCAAGACAGCAGCCACUCGCACGACACGUCUUGCUGCGGCGAGCGUCCCUCAGAGUAUUACGCCGGCGGCCCACUACUGUCGCGCGCACCGUCACCACCACCCCGGCAACGAAAGCCCAAACAAAGGAAGCUUCGAGGGCGCCAGUCCCACGGCGGACGCCGCCGACGUCGUCGUGGCCAACAAUACGCCGUGCACCUGCCGCGGGUCGUUGCUGUGCUACCAGCGGACAAUGUCGUGGGCGACUUCUGUGGACUUUCUCGACCAACCGGCGCUGGCCGCGCUCUCGUUGGACGCUGAAUGCCUCGAAGACGAAGUGGCCGACGUCGUGGAUGGGGCCUCCGCAGUUCUCUGAACGCAUCGUGGAUGACAGGGUCGCCUGCGGAGGCUGGUGGGUGCGCUGUGUGCGGUGCGA